AUGAAUUUAAACUUUAAGCCAAAAAAAGAAAUUCAAAGAAUUCUUAUUUAUAGUGCCGAACGUUUGAAUUAUUUCAUAGGACAACAGGAUGGAGAAGGAGGAAUUUUGGAACAAAUUGGUGAAGAUAGGCCAACUGAUUUUGCGAUCAAAACACAUAAAGAUCAGAUACGACGGAAACUAAGAAUAGUACUGCCACAUAUCGGUCUUGUGCUUCUUUCAACAGCUUACACAAUUCUCGGUGCUGCUAUCUUUCAUCAUUUUGAAAUGCCAUAUGAAGUGUAUAUUCGUAACGAGACUGCUCACCGAAUUGAAACCUUAAAACAAAAAAUUAUCGACAAUUUAUGGAUGUUAGUACAAAUGAGAAACAGUAGCAGAGAGGUGACAUUUGAAACUUGGUCCAAAGCAGCACAUCUUGGUAUUAAUGACGUAAUUCGUGAUGUGUUUAUUGAUUAUACGAAGAAUUAUAUGACACCCGAUGACAUAAUCAAAGGUGCCGGACCGGUGAAAUGGUCGUUCGGUUCCAGUGUAUUUUUUUCAUGGACUGCUAUUACAACCAUUGGUUAUGGACAUAUAGUGCCGAGAACCAAUGAAGGCCGGAUAGCAUGUCUUAUGUAUGCAUUGUUAGGUAUUCCGUUAAUACUUGUCACCAUUGCUGAUAUUGGACGAUUUCUCUCCGCCGGUAUAGUCUGGGUUCAUUGCAUGAUAAAAUUGGUACGUUUGGAACUGUUUCGAAAAGUCGCACAAUUUUGCGUAUAUUGUUGCAGUUGUGUUCCUUCUAUCAAAAAGAAAAAAAAGCAGCCGAAGACAAUGUCUGCCAAUGAUGUUGCAAAUAUUAAAAGAUCAAAACGACGACGACAGAAUCACAUCGACACUAUUUCUGAAGCAGGCACAUUUGAGGAUAUAUCGGAGAUUCAUACACAAGAAAGUGAAAAAACAAUUUCGGAAGAUACACAAGCAAGAGCAGAUGAAUUGGAGGAAUAUGAAUCCCAUCAUGACAGGCGCAUCUCGGUGUUAUUUGUGCUCAUCAUUAUGAUAGGUUAUACUGCUGGUGGUGCAUGCCUUAUGCAACUUUGGGAAAACUGGACAUUUAUGGAAUCAUUUUACUUCUGUUUCGUUACUGUAACCACUAUUGGUUUUGGAGAUAUCGUACCUCAGAAUGCGGACUUUCUGCCAGCAACGCUCAUGUAUAUCAUUAUUGGCCUUAUUAUUACAACGAUGUGUAUCGAUUUGGUAGGAAGCGAAUACAUUCGAGAUAUUCAUUUCUACGGUCGAAGUUUGGGGCGCAGUUUUAUGACAAUUGGCGGUAAAGUUGUGCAUCUUGGGGAAGUAUUUGGUUAUGUAGCGUUUCUCCAGAAGAAAUAUGGCCUUACUGCGGAACAGAUCAAUAAGCUAGCUCAAUUACCGGAAGAAUAUUUGCUUGAAUGCUUAAUUAACGGCAGGCAACCUGAUCUAAAUUGGAUCGAUGGUCGUCCUUAUGUACCACCUGAUAUUUAUUAUUUCAAAUGGAUUGAGCACCCGCGUACGCUCUCGUUUGUAUCAGAACGUGUGUUAGCAAGUAUGGAAUCACUGGAUUUGAAUACGAGUAAGUGCAGUACAGCAAGGACACUCACGCCACGUGAGUAUUACCAAAGGAUUUUGCUGCAGUACUGCAAGCAAAUACAACCUACUGGUCAGCAACAGCAACAGCAGUCAUCCGAUACUCAAGUGUAA